UUCUCCUUGAGCUGAGGGAGGGGCGGCGUGGGUUUUUUGGUCACCUCUGGGUCCUAACGCCUAGCCUGUCCCACCGUCCAUCCCCACCUAGCCCAAACUCCGCUAUUACUGCCUGCCGGCCUGGUGCUGUCAGCCACCACUCCCCGCCAGGGCUGCCACGCAGAGUGCUUGCUGAUCAGGCUAUCUGAGGCUCAGAAAAUGACAAGGCAGAGCUGACCUACAGGUUUUAAUAUAUCCAUAUGAUGCAAAGAGAAGAGUAAUCUUUGAAGUGUCAGUUUCUGUAAAAGAAUAUAAUUGAAGAUUAUGUUCGUUAUACAGACACUAUAGAUUAAAAAGUUGGAGAUUCGUCAUCAUGAAUUCUACCCCUCCAAUCAGUUACACUAUUCCUGAAAUCAAACGCCUACACUGUAUCCAGAGUGAGUUGAGGCUACUGCAAAAUAGUAGUCAGUCAGAGCUGGAUGUUACUGAAGAUCUGAGAAGGAAACUUCAUCAAGCCAAAAAAGAAAAACUGGACAUAACGACUAAACAUAACCAAGAUCUGUCCAACUAUGAAAGCCAGAUUGCCAGGUUGCGAUCUGAAGUUGAGAAAGGAGAGGCCAUUCGGCAAAGUCUGGAGUAUGAACUUGUCAUUGCCAGAAAAGAUGCUGGUCUUGAAAGAUACUCUGCAGAGGAAAAGUUAUGUGAAGCUAGCAAUCGAUUUCAGCAGCUUCAAGCCAUGAAUGCAGAGCUUCAACAGAAAUUGGCUGAGACCGAGAAAGUGUUUCAUAUUUCUCAGCAGAAUUGGAAGGAACAGCAGCAAAGACUUACAAAUGAUUUAGAGGAGAAAGAUAACAUCCUCAAGACCUGUAAUAGUGAAUAUGAGUUACUUCUGAAGGAGAGGACUAAACUGGAAAACAUUAUACAGGAGCGGAACAAUGCACUGCAAAAUAUGCAUAAGAAAAUACAAGAUCUGGAAUUGGAACAUAAUGACUGCACUGACAUUCUCCGGCGACAGGCCAGUGAACUUGAAUACAGUACUGAACGAGAGGAGAGACUUAAAAAAGAUCUUGAGGCAGCUACUGUGAGAGUGAAGAAAUUGGAAGAAAAUAUUGAGGCAGAGAGAGCAGCACAUCUGGAAUCCAAAUUUAAUUCUGAAAUUAUCCAGUUAAGGAUUCGAGACCUUGAAGGAGCUUUGCAGGUAGAAAAAGCCAGCCAAGCAGAAGCUCUUUCUGAUUUGGAAAUGAUCAAGAAAGAGUUCAAAGAGGUGGAAAAUGCAUAUGAGAGAGAGAAACGUAAUGCCCAAGAGAGCUUGGAAAAACUCAAUAUAUUCGAAAAAGAGUAUUUUUCUACAAACAAGCAACUAAAUGAAGAGAUUGAGGAAAAGAAGAAAGUAAUUACACAUCUCUCUGAGAGACUCCAGGAUAAUGAAAAAAGUUGCAAAGAAUUACAGGAGGAACUUGCAAAGGCCAAGAAACGCCAGGCCUUCCUAACAGAGAUGUGUGAAAACAAUGUGAGAGAACUGGAGUUACUCUUGGACAGCUUUACUAUGUCAAGCCAGCGGACAGCAGGCAGUCGCAAGGACAAAGAUAAACCUCCAAGCCUCUCUGUUGUCCUUGAGACUUUGAGGAAUACCUUGACAGAUUACCAGAACAAGCUGGAAGAUACAUCUAAUGAGCUAAAGAAAAUGAAAGCUUCAUGUGAGAAGAUGACAAAAGAGAUUGACUCAUCCAAACAUAGAAUAUGGUCUCAAAGUCAAGACCUUAAGGAAGCUCAGGAUAAUCUGGCUGAUGCCAAUGAAGAGUUAAAUCAUCUACGCACUAAGUGUGCAGACAGAGAGGCUUUAAUAGGCACUUUAAAAAUGGAACUGCAGAAUGUACUUCACUGCUGGGAGAAAGAGAAAGUCCGUGCCACAGAAUCAGAAAAUGAAAUCCAGAAGCUUACCAGGGCUUACCAGAAGGAUACUGAGGAGAAGCUAACCUUCCUCCAUACUUUAUAUCAGCAUUUGGUAGCAGGCUGUGUGCUUAUAAAACAACCAGAAGGCAUCCUGGAUAAAUUCUCCUGGCCUGAGCUUUGUGCAAUCUUGCAGGAGAAUGUUGAUGCCCUGAUCUUAGACCUCAGCAGGGCUAAUGAGAAGAUAUCUCAUCUAGAAUAUAUUUGCAAGAACAAGUCUGAUACCAUGAGGGAACUUCAACAGACCCAGGAAGACACUUUUAACAAAGUGGCUGAGCAGAUGAAAGCACAGGAAAGCUGUUGGCAGAAACAGAAAAAGGAGUUGGAGCAGCAGUACUCUGGACUCCUUGGGGAAGUUCAUGCAAGGGCACAGAAAUAUCAAGAAAUUGCAGAAAAAGCCAAGGAAAGAUGUUCUGUCAUUGAAAAAGCACGAGAGCAGUUGGUCCAUGAAAAUUCACAAUUGAAAAGUAUAUUAAUGCAGACACAAAAGGAACAUACGUCUCUGCUGGCUGCCUGUGCACUAAUGGGUGGUGCCUUAUAUCCUCUAUACAGCCGAUUAUGUGCCUUGUCUACACAAAGAGACUUUCUCCAGGAUCAGGUCCACACCUAUGAAGUACUCAAACAGGAAAUUAGGACUCUGGUCAGUGCUUUGUCUGAUGUAGAGGAAAAGAGGCAAGAUGAAGUGAAGAUAAAGAAAAAGCAUUUCAAAGGCAUGAUACAUGUAUUCCGGAAAGGUGUUAUUGCAGUUCUAGCAGCACACAGACUUCAAAUUUUGGGACAGUCAAGUAGCUCUCUUUUCUCCUGGGUAGAUGGCUUCAAAGAAGGCAUAGGAAUCCUAGUUUGCAUAGGAGAGGCCAAGGGGAAACACAAUCUGUCAAAACACCAAAAGGAACAAAUCCAUUGUCUUCAAGCACUCAACUGGUUUACUAGUUCUGACCUUCUUGCUGCAAUAAUCAGUUCGGUGGCCGAAUUACAGGAAGUUGUUAGCAAAACAGCUGCAAGACUUGGAGCCAGGAGAGCAGCAAGUCCCCACUGCCGUUCCACAGCAGAUCCAAAUUCCUGGCUUUGUGGACACUUACUCAUAAGUGCAGCCAGGAAUUCUUUUUCAAAACUCAUGGACAGACUUAAUGUGCUAAUGGAGACUAUAGCAGUGGAUAGCAGCAGGACCAUCACAUAUGUAGAGAAGGACUCCUUGGUUCAAAGACUGGCUCGUGGACUUCAUAAAAUAAAUGCACAGGCACUAAAAGCUGGACUAGGUGAUAGAAUACCCAUUACAAAAAGCAUAGCAUCCUUGCAGAAGCAAAUAUUUGAAUUUACACAAAGGCUGCAUACAGCAGAAGUGGAACGCCGUUCACUACGCUUAGAACUCUCAGAAUUCAAACGGAAUUUGAAUGAGAUGAAAAAAGAGGCUGACAAAGCCCAGAGCCUGCAAGAGCAAUUAAAUGCAUUUAAGCAAUCUAAAUUGAUCACCCAUGAGAGGUUUGAAAGUGCAUGUGAAGAACUGAAUAAUGCAUUACAUCGAGAGCAGCAGGCACAAAUGCUUUUGAAUGAGCAGGCACAACAGCUACAGGAGUUAAAUUAUAAACUGGAAUUGCACUCAAGUGAAGAAGCGGACAAAAACCAAACCCUAAGUGAAGCUGUAAAGAGUCUCUCCGAGGCAAAGAUGGAGCUGAGAAGAAAAGAUCAAUCUCUGCGUCAGCUCAAUAGACAUCUUACCCAGCUGGAGCAGGACAAGCGUCGACUGGAAGAGAGCAUCCACGAUGCAGAGAGUGCCCUCCGCAUGGCAGCAAAAGAUAAAGAAUUAAUUGCCAGUCAUAUGAAAUCUGUGGAAGCCACCCUACAGAAGGUCAGAGAUCAGAUCUCUCUGUCACGGACUGCGGCAACCAGGAAUGACUUCACCCUGCAGCUACCCAAACUGCACCUGGAGACCUUUGCAAUGGAAGGGCUGAAGGGCGGGCCAGAGGUUGUAGCAUUUCAGGCUCUGAUUAUAAGUUUUAUGGAUGUCUACCAACUCGCAAGCUCCAGAGUUGCUACACUAGAGAGAGAAAUAGCAUCUCAUCGACAUCACAUUGCAGCCCUGAAAUCAGAACUCCAAACAGCUUGUCUUCGUGAAAAUGAAAGCUUACAAUCAGAAUCACGAGACAGUUCAAACGUCCCCAUGGCUUCAAGAUCAGCACUUCAGCCCGACCAGAGCUGUAUCCCAGAUUUUUUGCCGUUGCAAGCUGAGGCAGAUACAUCUUACAGUUUUAUACACAAUAGACCCCAUUCUCAGACUUCAUCCUAUUCCUCUGCCCUCAACAUCUCAGCCAGCACCAAAAGAACAAUACAAAAUGGCUUUUAA